AUUCGUGGACUACGUUUUUGUGGAAAGUAAAGAUUUGACCAUCCCUCGUAUCGCCUCAUUUUAUGGACCCCUGUACCACAACCCGAAACUCCCUGGCAAGUCUAACAAUGUGUAUAUAAGUCUUCGGUUUUGGAGUAACAGCGGUAUGCCAAACAGCAAACUAGUGAUGUGUGUCACGGCACUGGGUCAUUACGUCAGACUGAAGGACGCGUCCAAAUAUCAACCAGGGGCAAGUUGUACGAACGAUGUCCUCAGUGGUUCCACAUACAAUCUCAAUGAGAGUUUAGCCUUCCCUGAGGUGUGCGAGAUGAUGAAGUCUUCACAGAAAUACUUUGACCAUAUCCAGAAGAAUCCAUACCUGGUGCGAGGAACCGAAUGGGUUGGGUAUACAGACACGGAGAGCCUUUAUGAAAGGAUAAAGCUGAUGAAUCGCUUGGGGCUAGCAGGCAUUGCCUUGACCAAGAUGGAUGAGGACGACUUUUCCGGCAACUCAUGCCAGGCUGGAAAAUUUCCUCUGCUAACCUUCAUAAGAAAAGCAACAUCUAGAGCAAUAGCAGCACAUAAACAAAUGCAGUCUGCGUCAGCGGAGUCGACAACAAGGAAACAGAUGGGUCUGCUAACUUGUGUGGGUAGCGACUGGUUCUGUGGCUUCCAGAAUGGCUUGCUGGCAACACUGAUAGCUGUCGGGCAUUUCGUUAUGUGA